AUGACCGCACCCUCUGCGACGCCCGCUCCCGGCGAGCAGCCAACCGACGAGUUUCUCCAAGACGAUCCAAACAUAUCUACGAUACCGCUUGCAGAACAGCGGGCCUUUGGCCGUGGUCUUUGGAAGAACCCAGUCCAAUUUGUCCCCGCUACCCCCGAGGUGCAACCUGCAGCUACAUCGACAAAUGGCAAGACAAUGGCUGAGAGGUAUCUCGCCAUCAUGUUCCCCAACGGCCAGCCACAGCCAGAACCAGAUGCGUACCCUCGGUGCGGCAUAUGUGGCGAGCCCGUCAAAGAGACAGAUCAGCGCAUACAUUACCUCAGCCCUGCCCACCAAGCAGCACUGCCUCGUGCCCCAAUUCCUUCAGCCAUCGACCGAACAAGAAUGGGACUCAAAUACAUGGAGAAACAUGGAUUUGAUGUAGACGCGCGAAAAGGUCUAGGCUCCAGUGGUCAAGGCAUGUUAUUUCCGCUCGUACCCAAGGAGAAACGCGACAAGCUGGGCCUGGGCAUGGACAAGAAAGAUCACACAAAGCAGAAAGCAUUGGGUGGCGCGAGUCGUGCAGAAGUUAGGGAGGGAAGACUCGAUGCUGGCAAGGUCAGAAAACUUGCACAGAUUGAGAAGAAGAAGCACGAAAAGCUGCAAACAAUGUUCUAUGGGAAUGAUGAGGUGGAGAAGUAUUUGGGGCAGUUGGGUGGCUAG